AUGUUGAAAUCUAUGCUCGCGACCACUACUACAGUUGCUGCCACAACUCUGAAAAACGCAGGCCCGCGAGUCUACGCCUAUGCACAAGCCAAUCCUAUACGCACAGCCUUCGCUGGUGCCAGUCUGGUCGCCGUACCCCUUGGUGGGACUGCCGCUGUCGCUGCGCCGGCUCUUAAACUUGUUGGGUUCGGAUCUGCGGGACCCAUUGGAGGUAGUCUGGCGGCUUGGUAUCAGGCUUCGUACCUGGGCGGUUAUAUUGCUGCUGGGAGUUUGUUCUCUGUUCUGCAGGCCUGGGGGAUGACGAUCUGA